UAUAAUCGUCAACACGUGAUAAAAUAAUAACCCAAUGGAUAAUUUAAUACUAUUACAGAACCAAAACAAUCAAUAAGCAAAAAAAAAAGGCAAAGUCCCGGAACUUGCGUCAGAAGAAUUUUGACUAGAAAGAAAAAAAAUCAAUUUCGACGGCCAUUUUUUUCUCUCAUCGUACGGAUUCCUAUCUCUCACUACUCAGAUGCUUCCUUCUUCACUUUAAUCACCCUUUUCGAUUUUCGUUUUCCAGCUUUUUGAUUCCUCUGUUUCACCAAGUAGACGAAGUAGAAGAAGAAGAAGAAGAAGAAAGUUUUCACCUUUACUCUAAAAGUUUCACUUUUUAUGUCUGCUUUGAAGCUCUGAGAUCGGAGAAAGCAAUAUCUAUGGCGGAAGCAAGACGAUUCAGCCCAGUUCAUGAAUUAGGUGAAGUGAAAGUUUUCUUCUUUCUGUAGUAUUUGAGAUAUUUUUGUUUGCGUGGGUCAAAUCAAAUCUUUAUCCGAUCUAUUUGGUGUGAGUAUUGGUAUAUAGUCAUCAAAGUUUCAAUCUUUAUCUAUUGGAAUCUAUUCAAAAGGGCAUUUUUAUCCAUUAUUGGUGUGAGUGAUGAUUUGUUCUUGUUGAAAGUAUAUUUUAUCUGAAUAUUCAUCACUUACUUAUUAGUUUACUUAUCCAAGUUGAUAACGAAUCUAUUCUAAAUCAUGUUCAUCAUUUUUAGUGGGUUACUUUUUACUUCUUUACUCUUUAAGUUUCUAUGCAUAAUUUAUGAUUGUUAUAGGCAGCUAAGAAUAUCUUGGGAAAUUUAGUAUCGUGUGUUGGUUAUACUUUAAUUAGCUGCUUCUUGUGAGGAAGUUGACUUUUUAGCUACUACAUCAGAAGAUGUUGGACAAAUACUCUCAGAAGCACGACAUCGAUGGCUUCGUCCUCCUGAAAUCUGUGAAAUUUUACAGAAUUACCAAAGAUUUCAAAUUUCUACUGAGCCACCUACUACACCAUCAAGUGGGUCUGUUUUUAUGUUUGAUCGAAAGGUGCUCAGAUACUUCAGGAAAGACGGUCACAAUUGGAGGAAGAAAAAAGAUGGAAAGACUGUGAAGGAAGCUCAUGAGAGGUUGAAGGCGGGAAGCGUUGAUGUUCUACAUUGUUACUAUGCGCAUGGACAGGACAAUGAAAACUUUCAAAGACGCAGUUACUGGUUGCUUCAGGAAGAACUUUCCCACAUAGUUUUUGUUCACUACCUCGAAGUUAAGGGUAGUAGAGUUUCUACUUCUUUUAACCGGAUGCAAAGGACUGAAGACGCGGCUCGGUCUCCUCAAGAAACUGGGGACGCCUUGACCAGUGAACAUGAUGGUUAUGCUUCUUGCAGCUUCAAUCAAAAUGAUCAUAGCAAUCAUUCACAAACUACUGACUCAGCAAGUGUCAAUGGUUUUCACUCUCCAGAACUUGAAGAUGCUGAAUCAGCAUACAAUCAGCAUGGAAGUUCCACAGCUUACUCUCAUCAAGAACUUCAGCAGCCUGCAACAGGAGGAAACCUUACUGGUUUUGAUCCUUACUAUCAAAUCUCUUUGACGCCCAGGGAUAGUUAUCAAAAAGAGCUUCGCACAAUCCCCGUAACUGAUUCUUCAAUUAUGGUAGACAAAAGCAAAACUAUCAACAGUCCUGGAGUAACAAAUGGGUUAAAAAACAGAAAAUCCAUUGAUUCCCAAACCUGGGAAGAGAUUCUGGGAAAUUGUGGUUCUGGAGUUGAAGCCUUACCUUUGCAGCCUAACAGUGAGCAUGAAGUGCUGGACCAAAUACUCGAAAGCUCUUUUACAAUGCAAGAUUUUGCUAGUCUACAAGAGUCCAUGGUCAAAAGCCAGAAUCAGGAGUUAAAUUCAGGACUUACAUCUGAUCGUACCGUGUGGUUCCAAGGACAAGAUAUGGAGCUAAAUGCUAUAAGCAAUCUAGCUUCGAAUGAAAAAGCUCCAUAUCUAUCUACGAUGAAACAACAUCUGUUACACGGUGCAUUGGGCGAAGAAGGUCUGAAAAAGAUGGACAGUUUCAAUCGCUGGAUGAGCAAAGAACUUGGAGAUGUUGGUGUUAUAGCUGAUGCAAACGAGUCCUUUACUCAAUCAAGUUCAAGAACCUACUGGGAAGAAGUUGAGAGUGAGGAUGGGUCCAAUGGUCACAACUCUAGGAGGGACAUGGAUGGAUAUGUUAUGAGUCCUUCCCUCUCAAAGGAACAGCUCUUUAGCAUCAAUGACUUCUCUCCAAGCUGGGCUUAUGUGGGUUGUGAAGUGGUGGUUUUUGUCACUGGAAAAUUCUUAAAGACUCGGGAGGAGACUGAAAUUGGCGAGUGGUCUUGCAUGUUUGGGCAAACAGAAGUUCCAGCAGAUGUUAUAUCUAAUGGUAUUCUCCAAUGUGUUGCUCCUAUGCAUGAGGCUGGAAGAGUUCCCUUUUAUGUAACAUGUUCCAACAGAUUGGCAUGCAGUGAAGUGCGUGAAUUCGAGUAUAAGGUUGCCGAGUCUCAAGUUUUUGAUAGAGAAGCAGAUGAUGAGUCUACUAUUGACAUUCUUGAGGCAAGAUUUGUUAAACUGUUGUGCUCGAAAUCUGAAAAUACAAGCCCUGUUUCUGGGAAUGACAGUGAUUUGUCACAAUUGAGCGAGAAGAUUAGUUUACUACUUUUCGAGAACGAUGACCAGUUGGAUCAGAUGCUCAUGAAUGAAAUCUCCCAAGAAAAUAUGAAAAACAACCUUUUGCAGGAAUUUCUGAAAGAAAGCUUACACUCAUGGCUUUUACAAAAGAUAGCAGAAGGUGGAAAAGGUCCAAGUGUUUUGGAUGAAGGUGGCCAAGGUGUAUUACAUUUUGCAGCUUCUCUUGGUUACAACUGGGCCUUAGAACCAACAAUAAUCGCUGGUGUAAGCGUUGAUUUUCGCGAUGUAAAUGGUUGGACCGCACUUCAUUGGGCAGCUUUCUUUGGCAGGGAGAGGAUAAUUGGUUCACUCAUAGCUCUUGGUGCUGCUCCUGGAACUUUAACUGACCCAAAUCCAGAUUUCCCAUCAGGAAGCACACCUUCUGAUCUAGCCUAUGCUAAUGGUCACAAAGGAAUUGCUGGUUAUCUCUCAGAAUAUGCCUUAAGAGCUCAUGUUUCUUUGCUCAGUCUAAAUGAUAAAAAUGCCGAAACUGUUGAGAUGGCUCCUAGCCCAUCCAGCUCAUCAUUGACAGACUCGUUGACAGCUGUACGUAACGCUACUCAGGCAGCAGCUCGGAUUCAUCAGGUUUUCAGGGCUCAGUCUUUCCAGAAGAAGCAACUAAAAGAAUUUGGAGAUAAAAAGCUUGGAAUGUCGGAGGAGCGUGCUCUUUCGAUGCUUGCUCCUAAAACACACAAAUCAGGAAGGGCACAUAGUGAUGAUUCCGUGCAAGCCGCUGCUAUUCGGAUUCAGAACAAGUUCCGAGGUUACAAGGGAAGAAAAGACUAUUUGAUUACCAGACAAAGAAUCAUCAAAAUACAGGCUCAUGUGAGAGGUUAUCAGUUUAGGAAAAACUACAGAAAGAUAAUUUGGUCAGUGGGGGUAUUAGAGAAGGUGAUAUUACGUUGGAGACGGAAAGGAGCUGGUUUGCGCGGGUUUAAGUCAGAAGCACUUGUUGAGAAGAUGCAAGACGGAACAGAGAAAGAAGAAGAUGAUGAUUUUUUCAAACAAGGAAGAAAGCAAACAGAGGAUAGGCUACAAAAAGCUCUUGCAAGAGUGAAAUCCAUGGUUCAAUAUCCUGAAGCUAGAGAUCAAUACCGUAGAUUGCUAAAUGUUGUCAACGACAUCCAAGAAAGCAAGGUUGAAAAAGCUCUUGAAAAUUCAGAAGCAACUUGUUUUGAUGAUGAUGAUGAUCUGAUAGAUAUUGAAGCAUUGUUGGAAGAUGAUGACACAUUGAUGUUGCCUAUGUCCUCAUCUUUGUGGACCAGUUAA